ACGCGCCUCUUCUCAUUCUUUCUAUCGCACAUUAGGCAGGGUGAAGGUGCAACAGUAAUCGGUCGUCCCGAACCGGGUUCAUCCGACACCCUCACCAAUCAAGCUGAACUGACCACAACCUCGAAACCAACAUGCCUCCCAAAUUCGACCCCGGCGAGAUUAAAGUUGUGUACAUGAGGUGCACAGGAGGAGAGGUCGGCGCUACAUCAGCCUUGGCUCCCAAAAUUGGGCCCUUGGGUCUGUCUCCCAAGAAAGUCGGCGAUGACAUUGCCAAGGCCACCGGUGACUGGAAGGGCCUGAGGAUCACCGUGAAGCUGACUAUCCAGAACAGACAGGCAGCGAUUGAGGUGGUUCCCUCUGCUUCUGCACUCAUCAUCAAAGCUCUGAAGGAGCCCCCUCGUGACAGGAAGAAGGUCAAGAACAUCAAGCACAGCGGAAGUGUGACUUUUGAUGACAUCGUGGGCGUCGCUCGUGUCAUGCGUCCUCGUUCCAUUGCCAGAGAGCUGUCUGGAACUAUCAAGGAAAUUCUGGGCACCGCUCAGUCUGUUGGCUGCACCAUCGAUGGUCGUCCUCCUCACGACGUCAUAGAUGACAUCAACAGUGGCAAAAUUGAGUGCCCAUCUGAGUAAUAAAAUGUUGGAAAUCUAA